CAGUUGGAAGGAUCGACGAGUGAAGUGGAAGGAGCAUGGACCAUGUGGUCCAAGUGGACGAAGUGCAGCCAGUUGUGUAAUGGAGGACUCGCGAAUCGAACCCGUGCCUGCAUACACAGAUAUGUAGGGGAGGCGUCGGAGACAGCGAAUGCAAAAUGCAAAGGGAGAAAGACAGAAACCAAAGUGUGUAACCAAAACGAAUGUCAUGGCGGAAGUGUCAGACAGAAAUUGUGUAGACCCUAUAUGCACCGGAAGUUCUAUGGCAAACGUUAUUAUUGGCAAGCUCAUAUUGACUCUCGUCGUGUUUGCCAGGCUGUGUGCUACGCCAGACGCCCCAACUUCUAUAUUCCCGUCGGGAAAACAGUACCAGAUGGAACGCCAUGUGACAAGAGUGGACGAGAUGUUUGCAUCACUGGAAAAUGUCAUAAAGUUGGCUGCGACGGCCUCCUCGAUUCUACUGCGAAAGAAGAUUCCUGUGGCGUCUGCAAUGGCAACAACAUGGCCUGUCGUGUGGUUCACGCCAACAUUACGGGUGACCAGACUUUCAUGAAAUAUGGUUACAAUCCAUUGAUGAUAAUACCCAAAGGAGCGUUCAAUAUUUAUAUUAAAGAACUAAAACCCAGUAGAAACUACCUCGCUAUAAAAACCAAAUCCGGCCACGGACUUCUUAAUACUCAUUGGCGAUUAUCUCCUUAUGGAAUAAAACGGAUUCCUGGAACAGUUCUGGAUUAUCAACGUCAGAAGAAUACCUCUUGUCCUGGACAAUGUAUAUUUAUUGUGGGACCUUUAUCAGAAGAUAUCCAAAUACAGUUACUUUUCUACAGAGAAUCAUCAGAAAUUUCCUAUCAGUUCAGCGCCCAACUUGACAUGAACGGCGGGCAUUCGGAAAAGAAAAAUUCCCACACAGAGAAGCAUUCUAGCUGGAAACACGGAAGUUCUUCUCGUCACCAUCAUUCCAGUAAUUCCAGAAAACCAAUAAGUUCUCAUUCUGUAGAAACUGGAUCGAAUGGACACCAUCAUAAUGAAGAUAAAAAAAUGAGAACCAAAAACGGAAGAUAUCAUUAUGAUGAAAGCUUUAUGAGUCCUCAUCAUAGACGUCACAGAAAAGGGCCGAGAGUCCCUACAACUGUAUCCCCAUCUUAUCCUACAACCGUAAGGUCCAGAAAAUACCACGGUACAUUCGUGAGAAAGAAUAUUACAGAAAACCGAGGAUUCCGUAACCAGAAUAAUAGGGGUGUGUUAAGACCGUCAAUAAAUGGAGGUGAUUAUCAGAAGCAUCAUGUUUCAAGACCGUCUGUAUAUAGAAACAGUCAUGGUGAAAAUGGUGCCGUAAAUAGAAAACCGUGGAAUAAUCCCUUCGUCUCUCGAAGACAACCAGUGCACCGAAAAUCCUCGAUUUCUCUCUCUGGCCCUCGGAAACCUCCACUCACUUUUGAAAAUACGGAUACGAACCAGGACAAAAUUGUACGUAGAAAGCAACCUGUUAAGGUCAAUGGAGAUUACCAUGGCAGGAAACUCGGAACGUCCGAAUUAGAAUUAGCUUCAUCUAAAUCUGUGGACAACUCGAGACCCGUCUCACGCUUCUUCGUAGAAAAUACCGGAGUUAAUAACAAAACUAGCACUAGCAUUGACGAUUCUACAUCCGGCUAUUCAUGGAGAAUUUCAGGAUUUACCGAAUGCACACAACCUUGUGGCGGAGGUAUAGAAGAAACUAUAAUAGUGUGCGUUAAAGACAAUACACAAGUACUGGUUACAGAUGAAAACUGCAACGAAAAUGACAAACCUAUUACUAAAACUGUCUCCUGCAACACACAACCCUGUAGAGCUGAGUGGGUAGCUGGACCAUGGUCAGCUUGUAGUGCAAGUUGUGGAACUGGUACACAGACCAGACAGAUUUUAUGCCAGCAGAGAAUGUCUGCCACCUUUAAUCAGACCGUUUCUGCAGAACAAUGUCGCGGAAAGACGAAACCCGGCAAGACAAAAAGAGAAUGUAGUUUACAGCCCUGUCAUUUCUGGCAGGUUGGCAACUGGACUGCCUGUUCAUCAUCUUGCGGUAAAGGUAUACAUCAAAGGGAGGUAUCCUGCAUGAGUAUCAACGGGAGCAACGCUGACGAUGCCGACUGUGAAGAGAAUAAACCUUUGUCUGAAGAACUCUGUGAUAUGGGCUCCUGUGCUGUAGGAUGGUUCUAUACACACUGGCCAAAAACGGUAAAUCAUUUACUGCUGUUCAUAUAUAUGCAGACGUGUGUGUGUGUCUGUUUGUAGAAGUGUGUA